AUGCCUUUCGGACAACCUUGCGACGUCUGCUUAGUGAAAGAAUCGAACUACAAGUGUCCAGUGUGUCUGUGCAAGUACUGUAGUCUUAACUGCUACAAAAAUCACAAAGAAAGUUGCGUAAAGACCGAACCCACAAAGACAGCCGAUGCGCCAGUGCUUGACAACGACUACAGGUUUGUGACUGAAGACACAGUGCCCAUUGAAAAACUGGAACAACUCAGGACAUCUAAGAAAGUGCGUGAAGUGUUGCAGAACCCCCACUUGAGAAGGGUUAUGGAAGCAUUGGAUGCUAGCAUUGAUCCUCGAUCCUUGAUAGAUCAGGCUAUGAAAGAGCCCAUAUUUGUGGAAUUUGCUGACGCAUGCUUACAAGUUGUAGAUAAUUAG